UGCCUGGAUGCUUAGCAGCAAUGCUUACUCACCAUUAUUUUCAUGGUAACACAAGCAGCUGAUUCAGAUUUAGCAAUUGAACAGAGGCGCGUGCUUCCGUGCUAGAUCAGCUGACACAAGCACGCGGAAGACAAGUAAAGCUUCAGACGGAGCGUAGUUUAAAAGUUUAGUUUGAAAACAUAAAGAAAACAUUUCAAUCGUAUGCGCAGAAAAAUAUCUGUGGUGGUCUGAGUUUGAGGCUUUCCUUCCGAGCUGUCAUUUGACUACAAUGGCAUAUAACGAGUCAAUGGUUGUAGUGAAUGGAAGUCAGGUGUCCUGCAUUGGACAUGACUGGGAAGACAUUCCAGAUUUUCUUGGGGGAAAAUAUGGAGAAGUGGCAAGAAGAUUAGAUCUCAGCUUCAACCAACUGAGGUCACUGACAGGUCUGAAAGCAUUCAGCCAACUGGAAGAGCUGAUUGUGGACAACAAUCUUCUUGGAAAUGACCUCCAGUUGCCCAGGUUACCACGGCUCCAUACCCUAACGCUCAAUAAGAACCAAUUCACCGACAUCGAGGCCCUGCUGGAGCAUUUGGUGGAAGUGACGCCAGCGCUGGAAUACCUGAGCCUUCUGGGAAAUGAGGCCUGUCCCAACCAGCUGGUCAGCAUGGAUAAAGAUGAAGACGACUAUCAGAGAUACAGGUACUUUGUACUACAUAAGCUGACAAAUCUGAAGUUCCUGGACACCAGGAAAGUGACCCAGUUGGAGCGGUCAGAGGCUGAAGCACGUGGAGCUUUCAUGAAGGUGGUCAAGCCAAAAAAUGACCAAGACGCCGCCAGUGAUCUGAGAUCCGAAUCCACUUCUACGUCAUACACCCCACUGCCACGAGGUUCCAAAGAUGCCCGAAACCACAAAGGGGUUUUCACCAAGUGUCGUUAUGUCUACUAUGGCAAGCACUCAGAGGGCAAUCGAUUCAUCCGCAAUGACCAGCUCUGACUGACAGACAGGUCAGUGGAUAGACACACGAGGGGGCUGUACAAAGAUAUCCUGCGCAUAUUAUUAUAAAUAUACAUGUUUCCACACACAUUUUAAGCAGCCAAACCCAGCCCUCUAGUGCCGUCUGCUGAGUGUGCCUUCCCUGCCACCUCCCAUCGUUCUCGCUCCGUCUGAGCAGUGCCAUCCAGAUUGACAUGAUUGCCUUUAAGCAGCCGCAGUGACAGACACAUACACGGCUGAGCGCUCGUCCUGACAGCCGCAGCACCAUGAUGGAUUGCCUGGUCCAACUGCUGCUCUCCCCAGGUCAAAGGUCCCACCUGAGGCUUCGGGCUGCCCACAUGGAAGCCCAGGAUGAGCUCCUCUCAAAGUCAAAGCUAAAGUUAAAGAGAAAGAUCGGUGGGAAAGUGUCACUUUUGUUGGAUUUCUACACUUCAGCCAUUAUUAAAAGUAGAGCUUAUUUUACAUGGUUUUGUUACCAUGUAAUUUUCCAUACAUUACCAUAGGGGAGGUGUCAGUUUGAGUCAUUGAAGGGUUUUGUUAAUUUUUAUUAAAAAAAAAAAUAAAGUUAAAAAGGCUAAUAAAUUUAAACAAUUUAAUUGAGUAUUUGUUUAAAUUUAUCAGCCUUUUUAAGCUUUGAAAAUAAAAGGCAUGCCAGGCAUUUUUUUUUUAACCGUUUGCUUUCAUAUAAGUAAUCUAUGUUAUUAUGUUUUAAUGAUCCAAAGCUGUAUUGAAUGUUUUCAGCAUGAGUCCUUUCAGAAAUGCAGCUGCGAGGCCCUCACAGGCUCCUGACUCUGCAGCUUGUGUCUGUUUGCGAGGUGCAUGUGCAUGUCGUGUGUGAAGUGUGUGUGUUGCGGGGGCAGUUGUUGCAGUGCCGGAGCCUGGAGGAGCUGUGAAAGAAAGAGGUAAUGAGCUUUGCUUUAUUUCAUUUUUUCUCCGGAGGGAGAGAGCAAUGACAGACAGCAGCUCUGCCAGUGAAAAUGAAGGUGGAUGUAUGUAUGUGUGAGGGGGGAGUCAAAAACUUUCUCCAGGCUUUUUGAGGGAUUCCUCGUGCUUUCUUUUUUUUUUUUUUUUUUUUUUUGGGACCUAUUCACAUUAUUUUAAUUAUUUCUUUUCAUGUUUAAAAAAUCUUUUUAAAAAAUCCCUAAUGUCCUUUGCUGUGCUUUGGAAACAAAGUUUAUUAGCAGUGGGCAAAAAAAUAUAUAUAAAAAAUAUUUGCAUCAUUAACAUCAAUUUAGGGUGAUAAAUGUUUUAUGUGCAUCCAAUUUAUUUUUGUUUUUUGUUUAAUUUGUUUUUUCUAUUACAUUCCAUAUUUAAAGUUGAGUUCAUGCACUGAAGACUAGCCAAAGAUCCACUGCAAACAAAAGAAGUACAUUUUUAAACAAGAAAACAAACUGGGAUUUGUUAUUAGUUUGAUUGUUGUAUGAAUCAUCUUUUUAUAUGGGUUAGUUGAUAUGACAUGUAAAAGUGUCCAUCAAAAACUACUGGAAAUAUAUAUAUUUUUAAUCACAAAAUAAUUAUUAUACAUAUUGAUUUGAUGACCUCAUAUUGAUUUAACACACUAUGUAAUUUUUGCACUUGCAAAAAAUGUAUAGCUGAAUAAAAUUAUAAAGAAAUACAUACAAAAAUCUGUAUAUAUGAAAUGAAAUGAAAAAUAUGCAUAUAUGUAAUGAAAAUGAAAUGGGUAGUCUAUUACUGCAUGUACUGUGAUUAUUGUAUGUAAUAUGCUAUUAUUGUGAAAAUAUAAUACCAUAAUCAUGAAGUAUUAUUUUUUCUUAACAUUUUGAUUAAAUAACCAUGUGCUAUCAUGAGCAAAAAUGAACUAAAUAAAAUAGCUUGGAAAAAAAAUGGAUUACAAUCU